AUGACAAUGCCAUCGCCGUUGACUGCUGCUUCCACGGUUCUGCGCCUGCGCAUGAGGCUUGCUCUUGCGGGUCUCAUGGUGGCAGUGUUGCGGACAGGCUGUGCGUUUUGCCUUUACACUGGACACCUGAGUUGCAACAGCGGCGGCAGAGGCAGUGUCACUCACUGCGGUGGCCUCACCCGCAGAGGCGUGUUUGGUCGCGCGAAGGCACUCUCACGAUCAAAGACGCGGCGACACAUACUUCGAGCUAGCUGGGCCGGAGAACGUCUGUCCGGCCACGCCCGUCGACUCGACAAUGCCCUCGAACAUGAACCUGAGCACGAGCAUGAGCAUCGGGACGCAACGGUCGUGGCUAGACUUUUGGUGAGACGUCACGGCCGCCGCGUUUUUGAACCAGGGAACAUGGGAAUGGCUACGGUCGUAGAGGGCGACCGACCUCCGGUGAUGCCGUUCGUCGGCAUCAGCAUUGAGGGAGCGUUGACGUACCCAUCUUCCGCCGCUGUCCCCUCGAUGUCUGUGCACAUGGCUCAGGAAUGCACUCAUCUUCUGGGUCCUGAAGCAGUCCGACCGAGAACAGACACGAAGAUGGGCAAGAACAGAGGUGGCGCUAAGGCCAGCAACGGUGGGAGUGGGGGACAGGGAGGGGGGGAGAAGGGCGCGAACAAGGGCGGCGGGGGUGGGGAUGGGGGCGGCGAAGGGCAGCGGGGGAAUAAUGGGCCCGAAGGCGACAGUGUUGUUGUGGUUGCCGGCAACAGCACCGAGUCCCUGAGGCUGGAGGAUGGCGUGGAAGUCGACAAGGAACUUGUCAGUCGGUCGCCUCUGUUGAGGACCAUAGCACCGGUGUUCAGAUUUUUUCGAUCCAGAGCAGGACUGUACGGGAUGAUGCUUGGAUACGUCGUUUUCACGGUGUCUCAGCACAUCUCGCCUGUGUUCGUAGGGAUGUCUCUCCUCACCGCCAUCGGCCCGAGACCGGCACGGAAGGUGCUCGUGCUGGCGACGCAAUGUUUGUCAGUAUUAACGGUUGCCAGCUACCUUCAAGAUCAAUUCCGUCACCAGGUGUAUCCGCUUCCUACGGUGGCCUCCGGCCCUUCAGCACCGUACGCGAUAGUCACUGGGGGGUCUUCGGGCAUCGGUCGAGAGAUUGCAAACGAGUUGGCCGGGCGGGGCUACAACAUUCUGCUGGUUGCCAGGGGUAAGGAGGGCCUAAAGAGGGCCGCGAAGGACCUAACUGAGGCAUCCAGGGAGGCGGCGGAGGUGGCCAGACGGGAGCGUGAGGAGGGCGAAGAUGACGGCCGGCAAGCGAGCGCCUCAAGAAGAGAUUCAGAAAGCAGGAGAGAUCGAAAACGCCGGCGUCGCCAAGAGAGGAAAGAGAGCAUGUGCCGUUCGGCGACGUCAUCGGCGUCCUCAGCUACACAGUCACCGUCAUCAUCUGCACAGACCUCCAAGCGGAAUGGCUCGGGUGCUGCCGUAGGCCUCUCUUCUAACUCGUCCAGUUUUAUAGGACCGCACUCGGAUAGGGAGCUAGAACAAGAGAGGGGCAAGGGGCAAGAGCGAGAAGAUGCGGCUGCAGCUACUGCUGUUGCCCCUCAUUUGGCGGAGGCGGUAACCGCGAGGUGGUUUGCUGCUGACCUGGGAAAUGCCACCUCCGCACAGGCUGUGUAUGCAGAGGUUCAACGAUUAAAUCUAACGGUGGACAUCCUAGUGAAUGCGGCUGGGUUGUGCCGCGUUGGCCGGGUGAAUAACUGUGCCGAAGAAGACCUGACGUCGCAGCUGAUGCUGAACGUGGUAGGCACGAGUCAGCUGACUCGCCUGUUCGCGAAAGAUUUUGUGAGGAGACGAAAAGGCCGUAUCAUGGUCGUGUCUUCUGUCGUUUCUGCAGCACCUAAUCCCACGGUCGCUGCGUACGCGGCAAGCAAGUCGUAUCUCACCAGUUUUGCAGAAGCCCUGCACAGCGAGUUGGAGGUAUCGGGGGUAGGCGUAACGUGCGUCAUGCCUGGAGCUACGAGAACGAGCUUUCAAGACAACUCGGGCUCUACGGCAGCUUUGGUCUGGCAGCUUCCCCUCUUUUCGAUGGAAGCGGAUGAGGUGGCCGCGAGAGCAGUUGAGGCAUUGAUGAGAGGAGACCGCACUGUCGUUCCCGGAUGGCAAAACAAGCUGUACGUGCACGUUCUGGCUCCGCUGCUGCCUCGGAAAAUCGUCAUGAGCUUCGCAGAAGCUAUGUGGAGGUGACGCGAUAUUUCCGCUGCGUGGGAGACUCGACCGUAACAAGCAACUGCAGUCGUGUAUCAGUUUAGAGACGCCUGUGCCAAUAGUCAUCGAACGAUGUCGAACUCCGAAAUGAUGCUGUACCUGCCUGUUUCUGUGCGUGUUUUGACCCGGUGGGUUGGGCACACAGCAGUGAGAGCAUGGCCAGAGUAGGUGCAGCAUGAGGCUGACGUCGUGGAAUGAAAGAUAGUGGAGACGCGGACGCUGGACUAUAUAAGGUUAGUGUUUUUCUGCCUGCCCGAGCACGAAGCAGCCGCAUUAUACUCGCAAUUUGUUGUCUUCUAGAUCGUUGCCAGAUGAUGGGCAGAGGAAAGGACUUCCGAUCAUUCGCAGUGAGUACGAGAAAUGCUACCGCAUUGUGCAGGAGAGGCGUCCCUCUGUAGCGGGGUCUCGGGCGGGGCGGGCGGUUGUCUGUCGAACGUGUUUCCGGAUGUGCGCUGAUGGCGCUGUUUCUCCCACCAUCGAUGUGUGGAUGAUGGGAGGAUUCUUGUCGUAUGGCUGCAGGCAGCACGUCAUGGCGUCAUCAGCAAGAAGGAGGAUUGAGAGCCUGCCGUUGCUGUUUGUUGCUGUUGCUGUUGUUCUUGCCUUCACCUUAAAAACCGUUCCAUCUCGUAGACAGCCGGCCGUCGUCUCUUUGCUUGUUGUGUGCUGAUGAUAUUAUGGCCCGUGAUGAAAAACUCGCCUACUUGUUAAUGUUCUUGUAGACCAACAGUGCUUGCUGUUGCCUUGGCUAUGAGGCAGGAAUGAUCGGGUGGGGACGGACCAGCUCCCUCUAACAGAGGCUAUGAAGACCCUGUCCAGUG